UUCACGUUCCGGGCAAAUCUGCAUAUCAAUGAUGCAGCACUUUGGUUAGUUGUUUUGUUGGAGGGGAAAAUAGCCGAACAGAGCAGGGCGCAUUUGCAAUGGGUGAUUUUGAAUUGUUUCUUUUAUGUUCUCAUUUUGUCAACGAAUUCAAUAUUUGACUCGAAUUCGGCUUGCAUUCCCCUCCCCUCCCCUCCCAUGCUAUCGUGUCGUGUCCAGGACUCCACAUGCUCCCGCUCCGUCGCCCCGCCUCCCUCGCCGCCCGCCGCCUCCUCCGCGACAACCAGCGCAUCAGCGCCCUCGCCCGCGCGGGCGAUGUCGCCGCGGCGCGCCGAGUGUUCGACGCCAUGACUCACCGCGAUGUUGUCUCCUGGAACGCGCUCCUCACCGCGCUCUGGCGCGCCGGCCGCCACCACCUCCCAGCCGCUCGCCGCCUCUUCGACGAGGCCAUGCCUUCCCGCGACGUCGUCUCCUGGAACUCAAUCAUCGCCGGCUGCCUCGCUCACGGGGACUUGGACGCCGCCUCCGCCUACUUCGCCGGCGCCCCGGAGCGCAACGUGGCCACGUGGAACGCCAUGCUCGCGGGGCUCGUCCGGCUCGGCCGAGUGGUUGACGCCCAGAGGCUGUUCGACGAAAUGCCCGAGAGGAACGUGGUGUCGUAUACAACCAUGGUGGACUGGCUCGCGCGGCGCGGUGAGGUGGAGAGGGCGCGGGAGGUGUUUGACUCCAUGCCAGACAGGAAUUUGGUGUCGUGGGCCGCGAUGAUCAGUGGGUGUGUUGAGAAUGGCAUGUUUGUCGAGGCGAGGGAAUUGUUUGAAGCGAUGCCCGAGAAGAAUGUUGUGGCAUGCACUGCGAUGAUCACUGGACACUGCAAACAGGGGGAUGUGGAUAGCGCUAGGAGGCUGUUUGAUGGGAUUCGUGCCAAGGAUGUCAUCUCCUGGAAUGCCAUGAUUGCUGGAUAUGUUCACAAUGGACACGGGGAAGAAGCCAUGAGAUUGCAUGCUUUAAUGUUCAGAGAAGGUGUAAAACCGGAUCAUGCGACUCUUAUUGCAGUCCUGACAGCUUGUUCUGCCCUUGCUUUGCUCAGGCAAGGAAAAUCCACACAUGCUAUUGCCAUCAAAGCAAUGCUAGAAUCUGGCAUCUCUUUUUCUAAUGCCUUGAUGACAAUGUACAGUAAAUGCGGCAAUGUGGGUGAGUCAGAGUUAGUCUUCAUCAAUCUUAGAACCAAGGAUAUUGUUUCUUGGAACACAAUAAUUGCUGCAUAUGCACAACAUGGCAAAUAUCAGAAAGUUAUAGCACUUUUCCAUGAGAUGGAAGUGACUGGACUUAUUCCUGAUGAUAUCACCUUCCUUAGUGUGUUAUCGGCAUGCGGGCAUGUUGGCAUGGUGGAUGCCAGCUUGAAAUUGUUCGAUCUGAUGUCAUCUAAAUACGCCAUAUCCCCAAGAGCUGAACACUAUGCUUGUAUUGUGGAUAUAUUGAGCCGAGCAGGACAAUUGGAGAAAGCUUCUAGUUAUAUAAAACAUAUGCCAUUAAAAGCUGAGAAAAAUGUAUGGGGCUCUUUGCUUGGAGCAUGUCAGAUACAUGGUAACGUGCAACUCGGUGAACUUGCUGCUAAGAUGCUUGUUCAAUCAGACUCUCAAAGUUCAGGUCCUUAUGUGAUUCUUUCGAAUAUAUAUGCUGCUGCUGGCAUGUGGGGUCAAGUCAAUCAAAUAAGAGGUCAGAUGAAAGAAAGAGGUGUGAAGAAACAACCUGGAUACAGUUGGACUGAGAUUGGAAAUGAAGUUCAUAUGUUUGUGGGUGGAGAUGCAUCUCAUCCAGAGAUGAGAAAGAUCAUAUCUGAGCUGAGAAAAAUCAGCUUCCAUAUGCGAAUGGUCACCAAUGAAGCUCAUAUAAUGGUAGAGCUGGCACAAGAAUGUGGUCACUUUUCAUAAUCUCAAGUGCUCAUGCCAUUUGGAACAUCCACUCUGCUCAGUAUCUUAUGAGUUCAAGGAUCAUUUUUUUUGGAGUAUGGGCAUGUUUGGAUUCUUUACAGGUUACUGUGUCACCUAGCUGGGCAAGGGGUUGGUGUGGAAUCAGAGUUUGGUUCUCUGGUUAGCAUCGCCUUGGUGCCUGUGCUUUCCAGAUUUUCUUUUCUAACAAGAGUGAGGCAAAGCUGCUCACCAUCGUGGGCAAGGUUAUGCUUGCCUGGCAAAGCUAGCCAUAGAACCAAACUUGCUCUCACCUCGGCCACAUAGGAUUCCAACAAUCCAGCAUGUCCUUUAAACAGCCAAGUUUAGUGGCUAUUGUUAUGAUGACACAAUUCUUUGCAAGAAAAAAAAAGAAAGGAAGGGACUCAAGUUUUUGGAAAACUUGAUGGUUGGAGCUACAAAUUAUAAUGAGCAGUUCUUAAAGGGUUUUUUAUGUCGUCCAGACGAGUAGAUCUUUCGACAUCAGAAUACACAUAAUCUGCUGCCACAGAAGUUUCCUUCAUCUUGCUUCCCUUGGCCUCACGAGGUGAUGCUUCUGCUGACGUUUUGGUCGACUCAGAACUGAACAUAGCAUCAAUCAUAUCCUUCAAUUCUUUAAUGCUACUCUGUGCGGCUGCCUCGCUGAUCUUGAGGGAUUCAUAUUCUUGGUUGAUACUCUGCAAGGUACUCUCUUUCUUAAACAUCUCUUCGUUAAGGCGAGAAUUCUCCACUCUGGCAAUCUCCAGCGAUUCUCUUGCUACAUUAGCUUCGCCCACCGCAUGCUUCAGCAUCUCUCUCAGCCGAGAAUUCUCAUCUCUGGUCACCCUCUGUGAUUCAAUCAGCUUAUCGUUCUCUUCCUUUCCUUUACUUAGGUCCUCCUCAAACAUCUUGAUGCAAUCAACGAGCCCUCUCUCUUUUUCUUUUGAGGCAGCUGCCAAUUCAUCUGACUCGACUUUUAGCCGGUCUGCCUCUUCCAGUGCCAACUGGAGCUUGCCCUCUGUGCUUUCUAGCGAGGCCUUCAAGGUCUCCACUUGGGUCCUUGCAUUAUUCAACUCGGCUUGCGCCAAUGAAAGCUUCACAUUUGCUUCUCUGGCCUCUGUGGUUUGUUCAGUCAAGGCAAUGGCCAAGUCAUCCAUGGCCUUGUUGCACUUCUCCUCGGAUUCCACAGCUAACCUGAGCUCACGCUGUAGCGACCAUGUCUCCGCCUCGCCAGGGUCGGCAAAGGAGAAUGACAUCAAACCCCUUCUCCUGAAAUUCUUGAACGGCUGCCUACUGUCUCGUAGCGAAGCUAUCUCAAUCUUGGCCUCUUCCAGGGAUACUUUGGUCUGCUCAAGCUGCUUUGUUUGAGCCUGCAAUGACAGCAGCAUCUUCUUCUCUGAAUCUCUUGCUGCCUCCAGUUCGCCUUGCAGGUCUUGUAUCUCGUCUAGGGCGCGUGCCUUCUCUUUCUCCUUCCUCAGCUCCUCCUGCAGCCUGUUCGGCUGCUGUUCCUUCACGUCUGAUUCCCCCAUGAAACCCUGACUCUGCCUGACGUCAACAGAAACGCAGCUUAUGGAUUGGCGACAGGAAUCGAUACAAGAACGGAACGAAUCAGCAGGGAUCUAAUGCUCACAAACAUGAUCCCAGAACUUGAUGCAUGAAUAAGGAAAAGUAGGGAAACUAAUACCACUACCUGGACUUGAAAGAAAACAUAUGCUCCAGUCUCCAGCCAGCUGAGAACCCUCAACCCACCGACCACCGUGCCCCUCGUGGUGGGAUGGGACUAUGAAGCCGUAACUUUUAGGUCUUCCAUUGAGUUGGAGAUGAUCUCGUGGCGAGGAGGAAAAUUGUUUCACGCGCACAGGAGGAAAUUUCUCUCCUGGUGUCGUUAGAAGGAAAAGGGGAAGACAGAGGAGAAGAUGGACGGAAUUGAGGACAUGGUCAAGGCGUGGUCUCUUUAGAUUUUUGUGCUGCCGCAUACCGAAAGGAUGGCAACACGGUUCAGGAUGGCAACAAUGACACCUCCAGUCCAGCUCCACACGAUGUUCAAUCAUGAAUUGAUUAGUAUUUUCUUCCUUGCCAAAGAAGGAAAAUUCUUAGUAGCGUGCACGUAUUGGCCAUAUGGAAUCGAGAAAGAAAAUGAUGUGCACGUAGCAUGUUUAUAUGCACAUUUGAUACCUGACAAUUUGGGGGGCCUUUGCACCCCCGUUUAACACCUAUUAACGUUUUUUU